UGGUAGGAGAAGUAAACAAACAUGGCGGAAUAGUAUUUUUAAAAGGGAGCGGAAAGGUUAUUACGAGCUGUUAGGGAUAAUUAUAUGCAAAAUAUGGUACACAGAAGCAGCAUAACAGCAGUUGGAUAUUAGUAAUGUUGUCGGGUAAAUGGCGAAAUGUACAUGUCUGCAGUGUCAAUGCCUAUAUUCGGAAUCCUAAAGUUUAAAUCUUCGACAGGAGAAGUGAUUGGUGUUUCAACAGACACCAUUGGCAAAUUCCUCAUGUCGGAGUGGUCAAGCAGCACAGGACGGAGGACUAUAAUCAGUCCAGCUUACAUCAAAUCAUACAGCAGUGCCACUACCUGCCCGUGUAGCAGUGGAUACGCCCCAGAGGAGAAGAUGUCCCAUGCAGGUGAUGGCCUGCAUACUCCGGGGUAUUUAUCAUGGAGGAAACUACAGCUAAGUAGAGCAAAGCUGAAAGCAUCAAGCAAAACAUCAGCCCUGUUAUCAGGGUUUGCAAUGGUAGCAAUGGUGGAAGUGCAGCUCAAUGAACGAUCUAAAGUACCUCAGGAAAUGCUGAUAGCAUUUGCUAUCUGCACUACGUUGCUAGUUGCAGUUCACAUGUUGGCAUUAAUGAUCAGCACAUGCAUCCUUCCCAACAUUGAUGCCGUUUGUAACCUACAUUCCAUCAGCUUGGUUCAUGAAUCACCACAUGAACGUCUGCACUGGUAUAUAGAAACUGCAUGGGCAUUUUCUACACUACUGGGACUUCUUUUGUUUCUGUGUGAAAUAGCAAUAUUGUGCUGGGUAAAAUUUUAUGACUUUUCAAAACUUGCCGCGUGGUCUGCUUGUAUUGUUCUUAUACCAGUUCUUGUUAUUUUCUUAGCAUUUGCUGUUCAUUUCUAUAGAUCUCUUGUCACACACAAAUAUGAAGUUACAGUGUCUGGCAUUAGAGAACUAGAACUUUUGAAGGAACAGAUUGAACUAGGUGAUACAGAGGGAAGAGUAAAUGGCAUUGGGUUGUUCAAUAAUGCACAGAUUGUGUAAUGCAUUAUUGAUUUUUAGUAUGAGACCAUAACCUUUCUACUGUUUGCAUCAUUUUCAUUAAACUGGAAAAUGUUACAUGAUGUGUGAUCGAACUUACUGAGUAUUUAAGAGCUGUGCUACUUAUUUGUGUGUUGUAUCUCGAAUAGAAUGCCAAGGUAAAUAUUAUUUCUAUGAUACACUGAAUUUGAAGUGUAGCCGCACAUUCUUGUCUUCCUCAUAGUUUAUAUUCUGCGUUGAUUACUGUUAGUUGUGAAGUAUUUACAAUCAUGACCAUAAAAAAUGACUCAUCCUCUGUGUGUGUGUGUGUGUGUGUG